AUGGCAUCUUUUUCCGAAUACUCUUCGUUACCCGAGGUCGUCGUAUCGGCUGAAGGCAUGCCAAAGCUGGAGUUUCGACCUCGUGUGCCUCCCAAGCCCGCGGAAUACUACCAACGAUCAGAUCCUACGACUAAAGUAAUCCAAGACGACAUUCGAAGGCCACAAUUACCACGACAGAGAUCCUUUGCACCUAUGCCAUGUUGCGUUUGCAAUGGUCCCUACAAAGCGUGGAAGUGCGUCCAGUGCGACGACUUCUUUUGCAAUGACUGCUGGCCGAAAGAAAGACCCCAUCGUCCAGGAAAAGUCGGUAUCGAUGGGCGCGAACACGAAAAGGUCGACGAAGAUAUCGUAUACCGGUUACAGCAGAUAUUUGGCCAGCCCACUGCCGAGGAACAGCACCGACGGCACACAAACGACAUCAAUACUACCUGGUUUGGAGUUACAAAGGAAUAUGACCAACCCUAUCUUCAUUACUCGAACCGACUGGUCGAUAUUCUGCGAGAGAGUCAGGUGGGAGCCUUUGCUGAGCGUUUCCCUCAAUUAGUGUCGUUCGUUGGACAGACAGGCGCUGGCAAAAGCACCGUUAUCAAGAUGCUGAUCGACCGUCUGCAAGCCGGACUAGAGAGCUCUCGCAAUAUCCCCGCCCCUGUUCCUGGUCUUGUCGGCGACAACGUUCCCACCACAGGUGACGUUCACCUAUACGAGGAUCCAGGCACCUAUCACGCUCAGAGUCCCUUCCUUUACGCUGACUGUGAGGGAAUGACUGGUGGAGAAAACGCACCCCGGGGACUGGCUUGUCGGGAGAAGCUUGAGAGUGCAAAGAGAUCGGGAAAGACUGUCAAGAACCUGCUCCGCAAGAAGAUCACAUGGGCAGACAACCCGAAAAUGCAGUCGCGCGAAUACGCGGUGACGAGUAUGUUCCCUCGAAUCCUUUAUACCUUUUCCGACGUUGUCGUCUUUGUGCUCCGCGAAGUAAGGACAUUCCAGACAGAGGUUCUCACACAGCUGGUUAAUUGGGCCGCCAUGUCAAUCGACAAGUCCAUCAAUCAGCCAACCCUUCCACAUGUCAUCAUCGUUGCCAACGACACUGAUACCAGCAUCGACGAUCAGCAGUGGGACCCGGACAUAGCCACCGAGGGAUUGCUGAAUGACUACGAAAAUUCCGUACACCAAGUUCCGGCCCUCAAAGACAUACUGGAUAGUCUAGCCCAUGUCGGAAAGCGCGUCACCACUACCAGAGGGCUCCUGGAAGAAUACUACUCCUCUGUCACUGUGGUGAGAAUCCCAGCCAAAGGCCGCUAUAUGCAGAUCGAUGAGCAGAUCGGCAAGCUUUAUGGAAUCAUAACCGAUAGAUGCAUGCGAUCGCGUGUCCGAAAGAAGCAAGUCCGUAUGCUCCUCAAUGCUGAGAUACUUCCGCAAUAUGUAAAUUCGGCUUAUGAUCACUUCUCGAGAAGUCUCGAUGAACCUUUUGACUUCAACAAAGAAGCACUCAGACACGCUCCCCUGCCUCGGAAUUUCGGUGGACAUAUCCUAAACCUUAUCUUGACUGUCUACAAUCAAAUAGGUCAUCGUCGAGAUCGACUUCCAGACUUCUUUGCGCGACUCAGUCGUCCAUUGGCCGCUUGUAUUAUGCUUGCUGCUACUCGAGAUAAUAUUCAAGGCUCAUAUUCCGGUCUGCUGCGUAGCACUUACGGCAAAUCCCUUGACGAGGCUCUUCAUCAGUUCUGCGACCAUUGGCUACCCUGCUCAUACACACGUGAUGAGGAAACAUGCCAUAAUGUCAGGAACUCUCAUACGAAGGGUCAUCAGUCACGUACUGGUAGGAUCUUCGCUCGUGGCUCAUACGAGUCGACGUUUAUCGCAGAGGCCUUCUUUCCUGAGUGGAUGGGCCAAAUUGACAAGCAGAUCAAAAAUCUCAACGAGCGCAUGUACCGAUUCGAUCAAGAUCAGAACGCUAUACCUCGGGCUCUCAAUGUCGUCAUGGCUGAUUUCUACCAGAGUGUUCGAGUUGAUGGCUCCGUUUCCAGGUUUAAGAGCAAUCUGACUUGUCUUUGCUGUGUGAGAAAGGUGCCAGAAAAUGUGCUCCCUUGUGGUCACAUUCUCUGUAAAGCCUGUAUCCAAGCCCACGGCCAUAACGUCGGGCAAGGGUUGUUCCACAUGCAUUGUUGCCCACUUCACCAUAAAAGAACACUAUGGCCAGAACCAGCCCGCGUCAGGUUCAAGCCGGAUGAGGCUGGUGUGAGGAUCCUCUGCUUGGAUGGCGGUGGCGUGCGUGCUAUUGACGAGUUAGUCAUUCUCCAUGAGAUACAAAAGAGACUUGGUAAUCACGUACCGAUUCAAAACUUCUUUGAUCUCAUCGUGGGCUCUGGUACCGGUGGCAUUAUUGCCCUUGGUCUUGGGGUGAAACGAUGGAAUGUAGGCGAUUGCAAGGACCACUUCAGGAGUCUUUGCAAGCAGGCCUUCACACCACGACUUGUCAAACAGCUAUCGGUAGUCAGCAUGCGCAGUCAAUACAAAACUAAACCUCUAGAGAAGGGGUUGAAGUCUGCCUUUGGUCAGCACGCGUAUCUCUACGGUGGCUCCAAGCCUGAUCACUCGACUUCGAUCCGAGUCGCCGUCACAGCAACUUUGGCCAGUGAGAACAGGCCAGCGGUUCUAUCCAACUACAACACUGAGAGUGAAAAUGACUCUAUGCCUUACAGAUUUGUCAGGCCUCAAGACCCUGCAUGGGAGCUCAAGACAUGGGAAGCUGCACGGGCAACGGCAGCGGCGCCUCCAUACUUCAAACCGUUUCUCCAUAGCGCAACUGGAGUACAAUACACUGAUGGAGCUGUCCAUCAUGUUUGUCCAGUAUUUGUUGCUGACAACGAGCGAAAGCGCUUAUGGGGGGACGCCAAUCAACCCACUCCAGACCUUGUUCUAUCCCUUGGUACCGGCCAUGAGACGUCUCGCUUAACCCACAAGGCUAAACGUGCUGUGGCACAGAGACCUCCACUGCCUUCACAGCAAACCGGACCUCCCCAACAGCGACCUUAUGCUAGCUUCAGCUCCAUGUGGAGGACCACGAAUCCCGUGAUGGAUGACCAGCAUUGCAGCGAAGAUAUUUGGAAUAGCUAUGUCGAAAAGACCUCAGCUCCAUCUCAAUUGCAAAUGGCUUCACACGAGCAUCGCUAUAUGCGCAUCAACGUUGGAUGCGCAGACAAGAGGCCAAACUUUGAUGACAUUGAAGAGAUCGAGACGAUUGAGAGAAACUCGAUCAAUAUGAUGUGUGAGGAUUAUACUGUCAGGAUGGCAGCUCACAAGCUCGUAGCAAGCUGUUUCUACUUUGAGAGGACGGGCGUUGACGCUCAGAAUAGAGAAACAGAAUUGUAUAAGUGCUCUGGCAAUAUCAUCUGCCGUUUCGACGAAGGAAGUCGCGAUAUCAAGGGAUUGGGUCUCAUUCUCAAAGAUCACAUCCGUGGAAGCGCCUUCAUACCCUACUUUAUCUUGGAAGAAGACUAUGGGACUCCAGUCAUGAAGCAACAUGCCGUUACCGUCCCUGUUGACACGAUUGAGAAAAUGUGUUAUACUGGCAUUUUCAGACUACCGUCUCACCUCAUCAUCGAUGGUAGUCAUGAAACAAGUUUAACACGUCUUUCUUUGUGUUUGCAGCAAAAUGGCUACGGUUACUCACAAGAGUCUAGCCCAUUCGAAAGUUCUGUCAACCCAUCCAUGUCUAUUAGUGGAUUCCCAAGAGAGCUUUUCGUCCAGUAUGAUCCCCUGUCACCCCGCGCAGCCGUCGAGGACGAGGAUGAUGGUGAAGGGCCAUGGGAGUUGCCUGGUUCAGACGGUCCAUCGCCAGCCUCUGAUGUUCCCAAACCAUCAAGGCGGGGACUGUUUAGGAACAGAUCGAUUCAUCACUCAAUUUCGAAAUUGUCCUUGGGAGCCAGACCUAGUAGCUCAGAAGAAAAAGUGGCUGGAUCUGGUGAGAGUCGGGAAGCAAGUUCGAUGGAGUCGUCGAGGUUGUCAUUGAUCUCAAAGAAGAGAUCAAACAGUGAAGAAGAUGGAUCAUUUCUGGAUGUAGUGGACGGGAAGUCUGAGGGAGUAUCUGGGUCGUGGGGUAAGCCCUUUCGUGGAUACUACUGA